CACGUGACGCGAAGUGUGACGUAGGAGGAAGGAGACGCCAUUAGAGGGAGGAGAGGCCGCUCUCCCCUAGCCUCGGGUCCCUGACUUGUUGGUUAGGGCCCUUCAUUCUGGGACUUUCUCUCGGCCCUCGCAGGCCUCGCCCGCGAGAGGACGCGGCGGGCACCGGGCUCGGCGGGCCGUGAAAGAGCCGGGCCCGGGAGGAGCGGGCGCCGCGGCGGCGGUGGUGGUGGUGCGGGGCUCGGCGCGGCGCUGGGCUCGGGCGGCGGGGCAGCGUCGGGAUGGCUGCGGCCGGAGGCGGGGCGGCGGCGGCGGGCCGAGCCUACUCCUUCAAGGUGGUGCUGCUCGGGGAAGGCUGCGUGGGGAAGACGUCGCUGGUGCUGCGCUACUGCGAGAACAAGUUCAACGACAAGCACAUCACCACCCUGCAGGCAUCUUUCUUAACAAAGAAGUUAAAUAUUGGUGGGAAAAGAGUAAACCUUGCCAUAUGGGAUACAGCAGGUCAAGAGAGAUUCCAUGCACUGGGUCCAAUUUACUACCGAGAUUCGAACGGAGCUAUUUUAGUUUAUGAUGUAACAGAUGAAGAUUCAUUUCAGAAGGUAAAAAACUGGGUCAAAGAAUUACGGAAAAUGUUGGGAAAUGAAAUCUGUUUGUGUAUAGUUGGUAAUAAAAUAGACUUGGAGAAAGAGAGACACGUCUCCAUUCAAGAAGCAGAAUCGUAUGCAGAGUCUGUGGGAGCAAAGCAUUAUCAUACUUCUGCUAAACAAAACAAAGGCAUUGAGGAGCUCUUUCUUGACCUUUGUAAAAGAAUGAUAGAGACAGCCCAGGUGGAUGAGAGGGCAAAAGGCAAUGGCUCCAGUCAAGCCGGGGCUGCUAGGCGAGGCGUGCAGAUCAUCGACGAUGACCCUCAAGCUCAGAGCGGCAGCGGAGGAGGGUGCUGUUCUUCUGGAUAACAGCUCACGCCUGUGAAACUCAAAACAAAACAGAACUGUGGAUCAUUGCCCUCAACAUGAAGACUGCCAUAUUCCAAGUCACAUCAUUUUACCAAUGGAGUUAUAGAAUUAACAGUAUUUUCAAUUACGUUUAUAACACUGCAGAGACCUUAAGUGCUAAACUUAGUGGAGUUUGUGACCAGAGAAUUGGCAUUUUCUACAAAUGUUAACAAAGCAAUUACCAAUGGCCUUUUUACAUAUUUUUUCUUUAAUGAGGAAUAAUAUGCAUGUAGAAAAGACCUACUUAAAGGCUUCAUUUAUAUUCUUUUAAAUCAGAUCUUUAUUUAAUAACUUAUAUAUGAUGUUGGAAUGGUAUACAUUUUUGCAGUCCUUUGUAUUUUGUGGUAGUUUGAAUUGUAUCACUUCUAAACAGCAUACUGUUUUUGUUUUUGUUUUUUGAUUAGCAGAUACGUGAAGUUCUAUUUUUGCAGGGUUUGCACAGGCCCCUAACUGUCUACUACUUUGAUAUAAUCUAUAAACAUCCUGUAUGCUGAGCUGGUAAAAUACAUUGUAAAUUACAUAUUAAAUAUUUUAUCUGCUUUUACAAGCGCAAGGUGCAAAAAUAUAUACAAUUGUCUUAUUGAUGACUGUAAGGUGAAUUAACCGUUGGUGAUAACACCUAAGCUUUUGACUCUGUUAAAACGCUCAUCGCCCCCUUUACUUGUCUUACCCUGAAAGUGCGUCUUUGAAUGUUCACACACUUACCCAACUUACUGCUGUUGUCACUUUCCCCUUUGUUUCCUUUUUUCUGUUUCCCUUUCUUGUUUCUUUCUUUCUUUCUUUCUUUCUUUUUUUUUUUUUUUUGCCUCUGUGUGUCCUUGUGAUCCAAAAGCAGCCUUUGCCUUUUUAUUAAACAAGAUUCCUUCCGCCAGUGUUGUUCUAGAAUGGUUACCUUAGAAGAAUUUGAAUGCCGCUUGCCAAGUUUCAUCCCUGCAACAACUCAAGUUUUCUGUAGGACUUUCCAGGAGAUGAGCUCUGUGACUCAUCUGUAAUAGCCACUGGCCAAGGGUUAUUUAUACAGAACAUGAGUGGUAGUGAACAUUCCCAAGGCAGCGCUCCUGGGUCCCUUGUGUGGUUAUUGCUGUCAGUAAUGAUUACAGAAAGUCGUAUUUCAUUUUAUAAGAGUUUUCCUGAGUUUCUAUAGGAAGAAGCAUUUUCUAAUGCUGUUACAGCAAACACUGGAAAGAUUUUAUUAUAAAAUCAUAAUCUUGUUUAUUUUGUAAUUAGUCCCACAUUAGAUUUUUUUUUUCCUUUAGCAUUGGACUGAAAUUUGUUCAUUUAGAAGAGAAUCAGGCACUGCUCACAGAAGAAACAGAUUGUGGAAAUUAACAUAAAUUGUUCUGGUUCUAAUAUAUAUAUAUUUUUCCCAUUUCUGUCAUGCUUGUAAAACUAGUAAAUGUUGUGUGUAAGAUAAGAUGGAAUGGUCCCUGGAGUUCCUUCUUCUAGGAAGUAGAAUAUAGUAAUGCAGUUAGUAAGCAUCUCUGAAGAUAGGAGGAGGUGGUGGUCAAUGAGCGAGUGCUCCCAGAUUCUUAAGAGGAGCUUAAACCUUCCCAAAUAGGCGGAAAGGUGAACGGCUUCCACCUUACUAUCUAAAUAAUAGGAACUGAACUUAGCCUUGUGUUCUCUGAGCCCUCCCUUAGAUUUACUUGUUUACUUACUUAUCUACCUUGCCAAAUUCAAAAUGCUGACCUCUGUGCUGUGUGUUUAACGAUGGUCAAAGUGAAAAGAGUCAAGAGAAUGAGCUACAGUUGUGUUCCAUUAUGAGAGGACUGCACUGUGCCACCCUGGGUUGCUUGUGAAGUUGGUGUCCAUGCAAGGGCUUAGGGGCAGCAGAAAGCAUGAGUUGCUGGAAAAUUUGUUCCUACCCUCUGGCCUUUUCAGGAGCAAAGACUGCUGCCAAUCCUACUGUUGUAGAUAGGAAAUAUACUCUCCUCAUUGGAAUAAAAUACUGUUUCUAAACUAGA